UUGUCAUUGUACUUCCUCCUCACGAUUCUCCUCACUGAACGACUACUCGGACGCUUGUGUUUCACUUUAGCAGCCUUUGGACCGAAGAACAGCGGGAUCUUUUCACCAUGGGGCUCAGCAGCGAUCCGAUCUACCGCAAACUGGAGCAAUGGUACAAAUCCAACGCAGGAAACCUCAACAUGAGGCAGAUGUUCGAGGACGAUUCUGACAGAUUCAACAAGUUCAGUCUGGAGCUGACAACAGAUGAUGGAAACAUUCUGCUGGAUUACUCCAAGAAUCUCAUCAGUGAAGAAGUCCUGACAAUGCUCUUUGACAUGGUACAAUUUUCACAUCACAAUCGACCACAUUUUCACUUCACAAAGUCAUAGUAGAGGGUGUUACUA